AUGACGUAUAAAUACAACUGCUGUGAUGAUGGAUCCGGAACUACUGUUGGUUCAGUGGUACGAUUUGAUAACGUUACUUUGUUAAUCGAUCCCGGUUGGAAUCCAUCUAGAGUAUCGUAUGAGCAAUCUAUCAAAUACUGGGAAAAAGUGAUACCGGAAAUUGACGUAAUAAUACUUUCACAACCGACCACUGAAUGUUUAGGUGCUUAUUCGUUACUGUACUAUAACUUUAUCUCGCAUUUCAUAUCGAGAAUACAAGUUUACGCAACUCUUCCCGUUAUCAACCUGGGAAGGGUUUCCACCAUAGAUGCAUAUGCAUCUGCGGGUGUCAUAGGUCCAUAUGACACAAACAAACUUGAUCUUGAAGAUAUUGAGAAAUCAUUUGACCAUAUAGUUCCUUUGAAAUACUCGCAAUUAGUAGAUUUACGAUCAAGGUACGAUGGGUUAACUUUAUUAGCCUACAACGCUGGUGUGUGUCCAGGUGGUUCUAUUUGGUGCAUAAGCACAUAUUCAGAAAAACUGGUUUAUGCCAAGAGAUGGAACCACACUAGAGAUAACAUACUAAAUGCUGCUUCUAUAUUGGAUGCCUCUGGGAAGCCUUUAUCCACGUUGAUGAGACCUUCUGCAAUAAUUACUACUUUAGACAAAUUUGGUUCCUCUCAACCGUUUAAAAAACGUUCGAGGAUCUUUAGAGACACGUUAAAGAAAGGUUUGAGUUCAGAUGGGUCUGUUAUAAUACCAGUAGAUAUGAGUGGAAAAUUCCUGGAUUUGUUCACACAGGUUCAUGAGUUACUAUUUGAAAGUACGAAGAUUAAUGCACAUACACAGGUUCCUGUGCUCAUUAUGUCAUAUGCGAGAGGAAGAACCCUAACAUACGCCAAAUCCAUGCUUGAGUGGUUAUCUCCAUCACUACUCAAAACAUGGGAGAACAGAAACAAUACCUCUCCCUUUGAAAUUGGGUCGCGGGUCAAAAUCAUAUCACCGAAUGAAUUAAGUAAAUAUUCUGGUUCUAAAAUUUGUUUUGUAUCCGAGGUAGAAGCCCUGGUCAAUGAGGUUAUAAUAAAAGCCGGUAACUCUAGUAGGACGACUCUGAUUUUAACCAAACCGAGCUUUGAAUCUACACCAUCUUUAGGGAAGAUACUAGAAAUUUUGAAACAAAGUGAAAGCCAUGGGACCAUAUCCCCUAAAGAUGAUAAACCAUUUAUUUGCAAUAACUACAUUUCAGUAGAAACUAUCAAGGAAGAACCUUUGAGUAAAGAAAAACUCGAGACGUUCAAAUUAGAACUCAAAGAAAAGAAGAAAAACAGAAAUAAGAAAAUACUACUGAUGAAAAGGGAAUCAAAAAAACUGGGUAAUGGCAACUCAAUCGUAGAUGAUACCAACACUGACAGAACGAUCCGCAACCAAGAUAUUUUAUCGGGAAAUCUCGAUGAAGAACAAGCAAUUGGUCAUAUCAUGGGGGAAGAUGAAGAUGAAGAAGAAGAAGAAGAAGAAAACGAUAAUUUAUUGAGCUUACUCAAAGAUAACUCUGAGAAGCUGGCGACGAAAAAGAACAUUGAAGUUCCUAUAGACAUUAUAAUCCAAAAAGGUGCAUCUUCAAAACAUAAAAUGUUCCCAUUCCACCCAAUCAAAAUCAAGAAAGAUGAUUAUGGUGCCAUUGUAGAUUUUACGAUGUUUAUACCUGAUGAUUCGGACAAUAUUAAUCAAAAUAGCAGGAAAAGACCGCUUAAAGAUGGUGCUAAAAGCGCAAGCCUUUUGGGCGAAGAAGAAAACAAAAAUGAAGAAGAGGAUGGGUAUAAUGUAGAGGAUCCAGUUGGAAAAAAGAAAAAACACCGUACUUCUCGUUAUUCAGGAUUUGCCGCGGCUGGUGAAACGGAAAACUUUGAUAAUUUAGACUAUUUGAAGAUAGACAAGACGCUCUCCAAAAGAAUUGUCUCUACCGCAAAUGUCCAAUUGAAAUGCUCUGUAGUAAUGUUGAACUUGCAGAGUUUAGUUGAUCAAAGAUCCGCAUCCAUUAUAUGGCCAUCCCUAAAGUCUAGAAAGAUAGUUCUUUCAGCUCCUAAGCAAAUCCAGAAUGAAGAAAUUACAGAAAAACUUAUUAAAAAGAAUAUCGAGGUGGUCAACAUGCCAUUGAAUAAGAUGAUAGAAUUCAGCACAACAAUAAAGACUCUGGAUAUCUCCAUUGAUUCUGAACUUGAUAGUCUCUUAAAGUGGCAACGUAUCAGUGAUAGUUAUACAGUUUCCACUGUUGUUGGAAGACUCGUGAAAGAGAGUCUUCCACAAGUCAACAAUCAUAAAAAAGCAGCGUCCAGGAGCAAAUUAGUCCUGAAGCCAUUAAAUGGAUCAUCAAGAAAUCAUAAAACCGGUGCACUAUCUAUCGGUGACGUUAGGUUAGUACAAUUAAAGAAACAACUGACAGAAAAAAAUUACGUUGCAGAGUUCAAAGGCGAAGGUACGCUCGUCAUAAAUGGAAAAGUAGCAGUCCGUAAAAUUAAUGAUGCAGAAACCAUUAUUGAUGGUACCCCUUCAGAACUUUUUGAUAUAGUCAAAAAAUUGGUUACGGAUAUGCUAGCCAAAAUCUAA